AUGAUGUUUUUGCAAUCCGCGAUUUUGUUUCUGUGCGUGUGCCUGGCCGCCGUCUCGUCCGCCGCCAGGACACCGCCGAAAGUCUACCUGAUCCGCCAUGGUGAAAAGCCAGCCAAUCCCGACGACCAUGGCUUAACAAUGGACGGCAUCAAGCGAUCGCUCUGCCUGCGAGACGUAUUCGGAGCUGGCUCUGGAUACAACAUCGGACAUAUCAUGGCCCCGACAGUGAAGUGGAACGGCGAACACCGACGCGCAUAUAUGACUGUUCUCCCUCUCGCAAAUGACCUCGGCCUCGAAAUCGACACCCACUGCUCUCGCAAGGACACCAAAUGUGUGGCCGACGCGAUUCACGACUACGACGGCCCUGGUAACAUCCUAAUCGCGUGGCGACACAAGAACAUUGGCGAGAUUCAGGAGCACUUAGGCUCUGAAGAUCCACUUGAAUGGCCUGAGGAUCGAUUCGAUCUCAUUUGGACCAUUCCUUAUCCGUGGGAUGAUAUUGUCCGGAUCCAGAACGAGAACUGCCCUGGUCUGGAUGUUCAGCCAGGGCUGGUGGCCCAAUAUUGA